AUGGCGGGCGGGGAAGAUCGUGAGGAAGGGGAGCUGGUAUCGGUGGUGACUGUGCGGGUACAGUACCUGGAAGAUACCGACCCCUUCGCGUGUGCCAACUUCCCGGAGCCGCGCCGGGCCCCCACCUGCAGCCUGGACGGGGCGCUGCCCCUGGGCGGGCAGAUACCCGCGCUGCACCGCCUGCUGGGGGCGCCGCUCAAGCUGGAGGACUGUGCCCUGCAAGUGUCUCCCUCUGGAUACUACCUGGACCCCGAGCUGUCCCUGGAAGAGCAGCGGGAGAUGCUGGAAGGUUUCUAUGAAGAGAUCAGCAAAGGACGGAAGCCCACGCUGCUCCUGCGGACCCAGCUCUCUGUGAGGGUCAAUGCCAUAUUGGAAAAGCUGUAUGGCUCCAGUGGCCCUGAGCUCCGCCGCUCCCUCUUCUCACUGAAGCAGAUCUUCCAGGAAGACAAGGACUUGGUGCCUGAGUUCGUGCACUCCGAAGGGCUGAGCUGCCUGAUUCGUGUGGGUGCUGCUGCUGACCACAACUACCAGACCUAUAUCCUCCGAGCACUGGGCCAGCUGAUGCUUUUUGUGGAUGGGAUGCUGGGAGUGGUGGCCCACAGUGAGACAGUGCAGUGGCUAUACACACUAUGUGCCAGCCUGUCCCGCUUGGUGGUGAAGACGACCCUGAAGCUGCUGCUGGUAUUUGUGGAAUACUCUGAGAACAACGCACCACUCUUCAUCCGUGCAGUCAACUCUGUGGCCAGCGCCACCGGCUCUCUCCCAUGGGCCAACCUGGUAUCCAUCCUGGAGGAGAAGAAUGGUGCUGACCCUGAGCUGUUGGUGUACACUGUCACCCUCAUCAACAAGACUCUGGCAGCGCUCCCAGACCAGGAUUCUUUCUACGACGUGACGGAUGCAUUGGAGCAGCAGGGUAUGGAGGCAUUGGUCCAGCGCCACCUGAACACCGCAGGCACUGACGUCGACCUGCGUGCGCAGCUCAUACUCUACGAGAGCGCCCUGCGAUUGGAGGAUGGAGAUAUUGAUGAAGCCGCCCCGGGUGGACGGCGGGAGCGCCGAAAGCCCUCAUCGGAGGAGGGCAAGAGGAGUCGCAGAUCUCUGGAAGGAGGGGGCGGCCCUGCAGCGAGGGCCCCAGAGCCUGGUUGGGUGGGCAGGCGUGGUGAUGUCCUUCUGACCUGCUCCGCCUCCAGUCUUGCAGGCCCCACCCCACUGGCAGGCACCGCUUCCAGUCCUACAAGUCCCAACCUGCCGGCGGGCCCCGCCUCUGGCCUCCUUGCCUCGGAGAACCUCUUCCCUAGCAUCUCCGUGGCGCCCUCAGCCGACAGCUCGUUCGAGCGGAGCGUCUAUAAAGCCCGGUUCCUGGAGAAUGUGGCAGCCGCAGAAACAGAGAAGCAGGCUGCACUGGCCCAGGGCCGGGCAGAGACUCUGGCUGGGGCCAUGGCUGAUGAGGCUGAUGGACACUCAGAUGCUCGGGAACUAUGGCGCCCCCCCGAGCCAGCCCCUGCACCCAGAACACCCCAGAGCCCUGCCCCCCGAGUCCUUCUCCUGGCCCAGCGGAGCCUUGAACCACAGCCCAAGGAGCCACUGGCCCCAGUAAGCCCUGAGGUUGCACCCAUCCGGGAGCUCCCUACCCAUGUACCCAAGCUCUGCAUUGGGGACCUGGACUUCUCAGAUCUGGGAGAGGAUGAAGACCAGGACAUACUGAACAUGGAAUCUGUGGAAGCCGGGAAAGGGAUCCCACCUCCACCACCUCUACUGCCCCUGCUUUCGGGAGCACCCCCACCUCCGCCACCCCUACCUCCCCCACCAACCAAAGGCCCCUUCCCACCCCCCCCACCCCCAGCUGCCCCUCUUCCCCCCUCAGCAACUGAUGGCCCAGCUCUCCCCACCAAGAGGAAGACAGUAAAACUCUUCUGGCGGGAGCUGAAGCUGGCUGGGGGCCCUGGAAGCCCUGGGAGCCACUUUGGGCCCUGCCCCACUCUGUGGGCCUCACUGGAGCCUGUCUCAGUAGAUACAAAUCGACUGGAACACCUGUUUGAGUCUCGUGCUAAGGAUGUGUUGCCCUCCAAGAAAGCUGGUGAGGGCCGCCGGACAAUGACCACAGUGCUGGACCCUAAGCGCAGCAACGCCAUCAACAUUGGCCUGACAACACUGCCACCUGUGCAUGUCAUCAAGGCUGCCCUGCUCAACUUUGAUGAGUUUGCUGUCAGCAAGGAUGGCAUUGAGAAGCUACUGACCAUGAUGCCCACGGAGGAGGAGCAGCAGAAGAUUGAGGAGGCCCAGCUGGCCAAUCCUGACAUACCCCUAGGCCCAGCUGAGAACUUUCUGCUGACCCUCGCCUCCAUUGGUGGCCUGGCUGCCCGCCUGCAACUCUGGGCCUUCAAGCUAGACUAUGACAGCAUGGAACGGGAAAUUGCAGAGCCACUAUUUGACCUGAAAAUGGGCAUGGAACAGCUAGUACAGAAUGCCACCUUCCACUGCAUCCUGGCUACUCUGCUGGCUGUGGGCAACUUCCUCAACGGUUCCCAGAGCAGCGGUUUCGAGCUGAGCUACCUGGAGAAGGUGUCGGAGGUGAAGGACACAGUGCGCCGACAGUCACUGCUGCACCAUCUCUGCUCCCUGGUACUCCAGACUCGGCCCGAUUCCUCCGACCUCUACUCAGAAAUCCCUGCCCUGACCCGCUGUGCCAAGGUAGACUUUGAGCAGCUGGCUGAGAACCUGGGGCAGCUGGAGUGCCGGAGUCGGGCAGCUGAAGAGAGUCUGCGGGGCCUGGCUAAGCAUGAGCUGACCCCAGCUCUGCGUGCCCGCCUCACCCAUUUUCUGGCCCAUUGUGCCCGCCGUGUCGCCACACUGAGGGUAGUGCACCGCCGUGUCUGUAAUAGGUUCCGUACCUUCCUGCUCUACCUGGGCUACUCGGCACAGGCAGCCCGGGAGGUGCGCAUCAUGCAGUUCUGCCACACACUACGGGAGUUUGCACUUGAGUAUCGGACUUGCCGCGAACGGGUGCUACAGCAGCAGCAGAAGCGGGCCACAUACCGUGAGCGCAAUAAGACACGGGGACGCAUGAUUACUGAGACAGAGAAGUUCUCAGGUGUGGCUGGGGAGACUCCCAGCACCCCAGCUAUCCCAGUGGCCGUGGGUAGCGGGCCAGGCCGGGGUGAUGCCGACAGUCAUGCCAGCAUGAAGACUCUGCUGACCAGCAGGCCUGAAGAUGCCACACAUGGCCGUCGCAGCAGAGGCAUGGUCCAGAGCAGCUCCCCUGUAAUACCCACACCAGCGGGGCCAUCCACUGCACCCCCAGAAGAAUCUCUAGUCUCCAGUUCACCUAGUGACACUUCAGAUGAAAUCAUGGACUUGCUGGUGCAGUCAGUGACCAAGAGCAGUCCUCGUGCCUUAGCAGCUCGGGAACGCAAGCGUUCCCGUGGCAACCGCAAGUCUUUGAGACGGACAUUGAAGAGCGGGCUUGGAGAUGACCUGGUACAGGCACUGGGAUUGAGUAAGGGUCCUGGCCUAGAGGUGUGA